GCCAUUGGCCAUAAUAAUUGGCCACACUGUUCUGUGUACAGCUUCAAUGAAAUAGAGCCUACAAAUCUUGAUUCACACAUUUGUUUGUCGCUUCGUGCUACUUUCUUGCUCUGUGUCAAUGGACUCGAGUACCCUUCUUGCUCUCACCUUGAGGUGUAAAGUGCAUUUUCUAAAUAGAGUGUGUUUGUUUCUCCUGCGGCUUGAGUUAAGAUGAUGAUGAUAUUUCUUGCAUGUCAUUUGAUCGAUGAGGCAUCCUCUGCUCUCUGCUUCAUCAGAGAUCUGAAUAUUACCCCUCCAAGUUCGCUCUCCAUCUCUGGCUGUCUGUCGGUUGCAGAUUUUGCCAGAGAGCAAACGUUUCAAACAGGAUUAUAUCAAUUCCAACAGGUUCGCACCAUCUAUCAUGUGAAGUCAUGUGGACGAGGAACACUAUAUUGAUGAAUACCGCACGUUGUUUACUCAAAUGGAAAUAUGUAACUCUUUCUUGGUGAUAUUUGAUAAGCGGCAAGACAAUCAGUAGGAUGCCGUCCCGCACGGUGAACUUACUCUGAAGAAUCAAGCUGAAGUAUGCGUUAUGACACUGCCAUGGAUUAAGUAACCUCAGUGUGGAGUAGCUGAUUAUAACGGAUACGCUUUAAUCGUUGAAUGAUCGUGUUCCACACCUUCGCAGUAUUAACAUUUUGGAUAAUCCCUGUGUAUGAGGAAUAGGACUCUUUUUGAAUAAAACCACAGCAAUUAUGGAGUCCAACCAACGGCUAACGAUGGAUCGUGAUCGUAUUCUGUCGGCGAGAGGAUCGCGUUCGGUGUCGGCGUAUCGCCUUAAGCGAGUUGCCUCGGACAUCGACCUGCAGAAGUGCCGGUGUCUAUGCACAUGUGGACAGAGCAUGUUUUCAUCAAUGUCUACGAGUAUGACUGAACUUAUUCAAAGAGAUGCAGAAGGGUCAAGUAAUACUCCAUGUAGACUUCAUAGAAGAUCGGCACUAAGAAGAGUACACACUUUGACCGGUGAGCCGGGCUCCCCGAGGACAGGACGCAGCAACCGUCAAAGAUCUCCCAGUACGCCCAACGCACCAGACCCCAAGAUGUUGCAGAGAGGGCUGGUAAGUCAUUUGCUUCCGUGGCCUUGAACUUGAACUCUAAGUAGCAUCGUUAACGCAUGCCAUUGUGGCUUCUGUCAAAGAAGGCAGAGUAGAUUCCUGGGCCUGGUAACACAAAGCUUUGCGAUGGAUAGCUAAUACAUGAAAGAUUGGUGCUGUUUGGUUCCUGGUCAGUGUUAUGAACAAACUAUGCAUGCAACAAAGCUUUUGAUUGGUCAAUGCUAUUUAGCAAUUGAUCACAAACCUUUGUGUUAAGGAGCCCUGAUAUUGGAAUUCAGUCAAGACACUCUUCAGAAACACCCCAAAUUCAGUACUAUCUGGCCUAAACAUGAAUAUGUUACU